UUGGAAUGAGAUGUUCAACGAGCCGAUGUCCACAUACUUUUUGACAUGUACUGUAUUGAACUAAAGCCUACUCACAGAGCUUUAGGCUAUAGACAUACAGGUAACUGCCAAAAUAAAGUAAAUACCAGCAUAAAGUGUCUUAAUUAAUUGGGCGUUGGUGCACCACGAGCCAGAACAGCUUCAAUUCACCUUGGCAUAGAGUGUCUGGAACACUAUUGGAGGGAUACGACACUAUUCUUCCAAGAGAAAUUCCAUAAUUUGGUGUUUUGUUGAUGGAGGUGGAAAACGCUGCCUCAGGCACUGCUCCAGYAUCUCACAUACUGUAAGUGUUCAAUUGGGUUAUGAUCUGGUGAUUGAGAUGGCCAUGACAUAUGGUUUACAUAAUGUUCAUGCUCAUCAAACCAUUCAGUGACCACUCAUGCCCUGUGGAUAGGGGCAUAGCCAUGGCAGCCAAAAUAAUGUCCAAAAUAAUGUUCUGCCAAACAUUUUUAUACAUGACCCUUAGCAUGAUGGGAUGUUAAUUGCUUCAUUAAGCCAGGAACCACACCUGUGUGAAAGCACCUGCUUUGAAUAUACCUUGUAUCCCUCAUAUUCAAGUGUUUCCAUUAUUUUGGCAGUUACCUGUACAUCUCCCAUCAUKCAUUCUAAUAUAUAGUUUGUGAGGGCAGAGGUAAGCUAUACUGUACACUAGAUCGAGGUCGGCCGUGUCUGUACAUCAUCCACGGGAAAAGGAGGGRUAACCAGGCAGCGUCUCCUCCCUCUUUAAGGAGGGUGACAGGUGACAGUUCACAAUGCAGACCCAGGGCAUCUUCUGAGGUUUUACGAAACGUAGCGGGGUGGGGUCGCUCUGAUGCGCAACCAGAAAGCCGAUCCAGACCGSGAAUGCAAUGUGCUCCACACAGCAAAUCCAGUCUAUUUCAACUUAAAUUAUUUUAGCUGUGCAGAACUAGUAGCCUACAGAGGACUUUGCUAAUUUGUAUUAUAAGGCUCUUACAUUUCUUACCAUCUAGCAAGCAUCGUAGGAUUUCUGAAAAAAAUGAGACAUAGGUGGACAAGUACAUUUUCCUGACUGGACAGAAUUUGAGUGGGUGCAAGGAGCAUCAUUUCUCCGUCUCCAGUCCGUGAGUAGGACGUUCUUUCAGGACUCUCAUCAGUAGCCUAACACUUUGAUUCAGAUUUGAAGUACAGAGGUUYUUCUAUCUCCAUCGUUGAUUAUGGCAUGGCCGUGCAUCACACGGGCUUGCUGCAUUAACCGCUUCUGGAGUGAAUUAGACAAAGCGGACAUCGCCGUCCCUCUGGUUUUCACGAAAUAUUCGGAUGUGGCCGAGUUGCAACACCUCCAUCCUCAGCCUCCAUCUAGACAGAAGAGGACCGGACCUAUCACCAUAGAAACCCAACCUUCUCACAGUGAACCGGCGGCGGUGGCGGCCAAGGCACCGCCCGCGACUGGUGCCGCAUCAGGAAAACAUGGCUGUAGUGCGUCUGUGAUGCGCCAGGAUUUCAGGGAAUGGAAAGAUAUACGCCCGGAGCCCAGCUACAAACCCAAGAAUGAAUAUCACCCCUCGGCGACUCCUUUCAACAACGUAACCCAGUAUCAGAAGGAUUAUAAACCAUGGCCUGUCCCGAAAAAGGGAGACCACCCCUGGAUCCCCAAACCCAGCCCCACCGCCUCCUCCGGUGCCCAAGAAGUAGGCGUUGGGACCAAAUUGGAGCAUGCAACCACAGAGCCCGAGAGCGGUGUUGAGAAGAGUGAAAUUGAAGAAAAGGUGCAAGAGAAAGAAUCCAUAGAGAGGAAAAAGAAACCAGUGAAGAAGGAGAAGACUGUAGAGAAGAAAGUGAGUGCCAAAACGGAGGGACAGCCACCAGCAGGUGCCACUGUGGAGGGGAAAGGAAGGGCAGCAGCAGACGCGCUGAACAGACAGAUUAAACAGGUCGUCUCAACUGGCACUGGCAGCUCUUAUAGGAAUGAGUUCAAGGCGUACAAAGAUGUGAAGCCAGUGAAGUUAACCAAGCCCCAGUCUCAGUACAAACCUCCUCUGGAUGAGAAGGACAAGACCACCCUGGAGACCAGCUACAGCGCCACCUACAAGGGGGAGCAGACCAAGGUGCAGCCCACUGACAACAAGCUACUGGAGCGCAGGAGGAUACGCAGCCUGUACAACGAGCCGGGCGGCAAGGAGACCACCAAGGUGGACAAGACAAAAACCAAACCAAAAAAGACACCAACAACAACGAGCAAAAUGGUGAAAAAGGCGAAAGAGAAGACCAUCGCUGGUGCACUGUCAACCAAGAAGAAAACCUCCACGAGCACCAAACCAGACGAGUCCAAGCCAGAAGGAGGCGUUAUCUCAAAGAAGAGCAAAGAGAUAAGCAAUAGACUGGCUGAGGCAAAAAAGUAAAAACAAAACAUCUCUGCACUACUUAAUUUUGGGAAUUAAAGGCUGCCUAAAGAAUUAGAGAACUCUCAUCCAUUUGGUCUAUCUCUUUCUCUUUGUCUUUUCCUUCAUGUUCCUCAUCUCUGUGUAUACUCACUAGAUGUGGAGCUUUUAAGUUGACAGUUUGACAUCUUCACCAUGCUCUCGUUUAACUAUAAUGCUUUGUGCGUGUGUGUGUGUGUGUGUGUGUGUGUGUGUGUGUGUGUGUGUGUGCGUGCGUGCGUGCGUGCGUGCGUGCGUGCGUGCGUGCGCACUUCCUCUCUCUGUUAUAACUUCAGCACCUUUAUUGCACAUUAUUUUGUUGCAUUUGUCAAACCUUUGUAGAAAGAAUGAUUAACCAUUCUAAAACAGAGAGCCAUUGAUACACCGUAUGUGGCUCUUAAACGGCUGUUGAAGGCAGUGAGAGGUUAAGCUUUUUUUUCUGACUACCUAUCAUCAUACUGAUGAUGGAUUCUCUAUGGUUCUUCUUAUCCAUCUCUUAGACGGCAUUGACUAUGUGGUCUCUGCAGAUAUAAAAUCUUAACUACUGUAGCGUUUCCUGGUUACAGUGACUCCGCUCUUUGAACCAAGAUUUAAUAUCAUUUAAUAUUUCAUCAUAUUCGGGAGGAUAUCUGGUUUCAUAAAUUUGGUUGCUAAGAAACCAAUUGAACUGUAAUGUAAUUGCUACAGCUUGCAUGCAAAGGCCCUAUUUGUGGUCGUAUGUAGCAUUCUAGUAUCCUAUUCUCACGGUCACAAUCUAGCUUGUAAUUGAAAUCAUUCAUGAGAAAUCAAAUGGGGGCAAACCAUUUCCAGAAUUACUGCAUGUGUAGUCAUAGUCUGAUCUCAUACCAUAAGUGUCUACACAAACAAGAAAACUGUCACUGACUUACAGUACAAAAGAUAGCACUUAGUACUCUAGUGCCUAUUGAAACUGUUAUGUCAACCCACCAGCUUUGUAGUUCUCACCUUCACACACAUGGUUCUACUGCCUUCUUCAAUGUGAGAACCACUUUGUCCACUUCCCAGUUAUUUGAUACAGUAUGAAAACUGAUGUAUUUCUGAUAAUAUACCCCUAUUUAAUGAUAUGUCAUUAUUGUAUCCAUUACAAAGCUGUGAUGCUAUUGGUGUGCAAAACCAUGUAUAAUGUAAGAAAUUAGCAUAUGUAUGAUAUAGGACAUAGGAAAACCUACUGUAUUUACUCAAUCACCUCCACUUUCUUCAAUGGGCUCAGUAGUUAGGUGUAGAAAGAUGAGGGGGCCAGGAUAAGAAGAUCAAAACAGCUUUUUGGAACAUGCAGCUGUCUGUCUGGAACCAUUGAUAUCACAUCUAUUCACAGUGAGUGCUACUCUAAAAUCAUCUCACCCUGUCUCUCUUAUGUCUGUGCACCUGCAGUCCGCCAGUGUGUUACAGUAUGUGGCAGUCCUCCUCCCAUAUGCUGCUGUGUGUCUGCUACUAUCUAUUGUACCCCCAGACCACCCUGCUCUCUAGUGCCUGUCAGGGUUCAGUGUGUUAGACCUCCGCAACUCGCCGGCUCCUAGCGCCUGCACCCCAGUACAGUAACUAACGUGCUGAGCACACCACACCUCGGUGCUAUUACUCUCUCAUCUAUAUGCUGUCAGUUUGAUGCGAAUGUACUCAAACCGUGUGAAAUGAAGAUAAUAAYAUGUCAUAUAUUGCAGACGUGUUGUGAUUGUGUGCUUGUGUUCUCAGCUUGCUCUGAAUGAACUAAUUAAAAAUGUUGAAGCAGAA